UCUGUUUGUUGCUGUGUGGCUUCUUUCUCCCCAACACCUUGGGACUUUUGGGGAAGUACAGCAAUGGGAGAGGCGUGCUAGCCAGCAUCAACAUGUUUAGCAAGAAGAAAAAACGGAUCGAGAUCUCUGCCCCCUCCAACUUCGAGCACCGAGUGCACACGGGCUACGACCAGCAGGAGCAGAAGUUCACGGGGCUGCCUAGGCAAUGGCAGGGCAUCAUCGAGGAGUCGGCCAAGCGGCCCAAGCCGCUGGUGGAUCCGGUGUGCAUUACGGCCGUCCAGACUGGCUCUCAGAAGACCAUCGUGCGAGGGAACAGAACCGCCAAGGAUGGUUCCCUGGCUUGGCUGCUGGAUGAGUUUGAGAACAUGUCGGUGUCGCGCUCCAAUUCGCUGCGCAGGGACAGCCCUCCCCUCCCUGCCCGGCAUGAGCAGCUGUACCAGGAGAACGGCCUGAGCGAGGCCUUGGCCAAACCGCGCCCCCCACGGCCCCCGAACGAGGAAAGCGGCAGGAACCGGGAGCACAAGGAGCGGAGCCGCCAUGUGUCCAGGAGCGAGCCGGAGCAGGGCAGGGAGAGGAGCAGGGACAACCGGACGGCCGCACAGCACCCUCGGGGGCAGGAGCCCCCCGGCAAAUCGCACCGGCCACCCCCUCCCGAGUACCACAAGUUCUCCUCCGACAACAGACACAGAGCCCACGAGCGGGAGGGGAGGAAGGAGCUCCCAAUGGAAAAGGAGCCGUCCGACCGCGUGGUCAGGAGGGACCGUGCUGAGGGCCCUGAGAAGAGACCCAAGUCUACGUACACGGGGCAGACCAGUCCGCAAUCCCCCCGGGAAAAGCGGCCCCUCUCAGGACCAAAUAUCCGUACCCCUAACAUCCCCAUCUCUGAGGGGGUCAUGAAAACUGCACAGCAGACUGGGCGGCCUUUUAACACAUAUCCACGAGCCGACACCGAUCCGGUCAGGGGCUCUCAGGGGGAGCACAGAGCCGGGAAGCCCCAAGAAAGUACAUUGAACGGCCCCAUAAGUGGACACAGCGGAUCCUCAAGGGUCCCACCGUCGGGCCCUGCAAGAUCCAGAAAUGCAGAGCCCCCCCACGCUGGACUCUCCCAGCACGCCUCUGACCCACACUUAACACAGGCCCCACAGCCUGCCCCUCCGCCCUCCUACACGCAGCAGCCGGCUCCGCAGCAGCAACUGCAGCAGCCUCCUCCCCCUCCUCCCCCAGCCCCACAGCAGCAGCCCCGCUCCCCGCAGCGCGAGCCCCAGCGAGUCUCACACGAGCAGUUCCGAGCUGCCUUGCAGAUGGUGGUGGACCCCGGCGACCCCCGGUCCUACCUGGACAACUUCAUCAAGAUUGGAGAAGGCUCCACCGGCAUCGUCUGCAUCGCCACCGUCAAGAGCUCCGGGAAGCUGGUGGCCGUCAAGAAGAUGGAUCUGCGCAAACAGCAGCGGCGGGAGCUGCUGUUCAACGAGGUGGUGAUCAUGAGGGACUAUCAGCAUGAGAACGUGGUGGAGAUGUACAACAGCUACCUGGUGGGUGAUGAGCUGUGGGUCGUUAUGGAGUUCCUGGAGGGAGGCGCCUUGACAGAUAUCGUCACGCACACCAGAAUGAACGAAGAGCAGAUCGCGGCUGUGUGCCUCGCUGUCCUGAAGGCGCUGUCUGUCCUCCACGCCCAGGGAGUCAUCCACCGGGAUAUCAAGAGCGACUCCAUCCUGCUCACACAUGACGGCCGGGUCAAACUCUCUGACUUCGGGUUCUGUGCGCAAGUGAACAAGGAGGUGCCCCGACGCAAGUCCCUGGUUGGGACCCCAUACUGGAUGGCGCCAGAGCUCAUCUCCCGGUUGCCCUAUGGCCCAGAGGUGGACAUCUGGUCCCUGGGUGUGAUGGUGAUAGAAAUGGUCGACGGGGAGCCCCCCUAUUUCAACGAGCCCCCCCUAAAGGCAAUGAAGAUGAUCCGAGACAACUUGCCCCCCAAACUGAAAAAUGUGCAUAAGGUUUCCCCUUCCUUGAAGGGCUUCCUUGACCGCUUGCUGGUCAGGGAUCCGGCCCAAAGAGCCACAGCGAACGAACUCUUGAAGCACCCCUUCCUGGGAAAAGCCGGGGCCCCGUCCUGCAUCGUGCCGCUGAUGAGACAGAAUCGGAUGAGAUGAAAGGGGCCAAAGGAACUGGACAUCCUACCAAAG